CGGACUUCCGGGACUGGAAAGGCCACUGGGACACUCGGCUCUGAGUCCGGAGUUUAGGGGAUGUUUGUCGCGGGAAGUUCGGUAAAAGUGCGACGAUCGUGACGUUCGACACGGGACGCUCGGACCUGUUCUUCAGGGGUGCGACGAGGACGUUUCUGUGCGCGGGAAUAUAACACAAACACAAUCUUUGACUCGUGAAGGAUCAGGCUGAUGUAAAUUGUUGAUAAGUGUUCGUGUGGGAUUCGAUUAGUUUCCUCGGGUUAUGUAGCAGACGUUGGAUGUUUUCCUUGGAGUGAUCAUGUGGAUCGAUAAACUCGGCUGACGUUCCGGGGAAUAGGGAUUUCGAGUUGUGCGUGGGAAAUCGGAGAGUGUUACUGUGCGGACGCACCGCUGUUGCCGUUUGUUCGACGCGACCUUCUGCGAGGGAUAGGUGUCCCGCUGUCGGUGGCCAAGGUGGAAGUUGAGGACUUCCGGCACGGUUUUCUUUCGAGGAUUUCGCCGAACGAGAUGCGGAGAUCGGUGCUCCGGUUCUCUGGGCUACUUAAACGGAUUUAGGGAAACAUCUGCCAGUGGCCAUUACUACAUUCACAGGCGUCCCACGAACACAAUAAUUCACAUCGAAGCGAUCCGAGAUGUAGGCGAACCGGUCUCUCCCUCCGGAUGCUCCAUUCAUCCCCGGGACCAGCGAAGGUCGGCCAGAGGAAGGAGUCAAAGAAGAAUCAGGAUUAGAGAACUCAGCGCGAUGACUGCCGGUGACCAGUGUUUUAAGCGACAACAAAUCGAGGGAAGAUGAACGAGAUGGAGCAGAUUCCUGAAGGCUGAGAGCGAGCGGAUCCUCGACAUGACCGGCUGGAGAAUGCGGCCGACUGCAUCGGCGCUCGGCGUCGUCGCCAUCGUCUCCGCCAUGAUCGCUGCCACGACGGCUUCCGAAACCUUCAGCGACGCCACCGAGCACCCCCUACUCGAAGAAGAGCGACGCGCUGGCGAAGAGCCCCGAACUCCCAGCAACAUCACCUUCAUAUCCAUCGUUCCGCCAGAGAACCUCUCGAACAGCACGUCGAACGAGAUCACGGUAUCAAUCCUGUCCCUCCGCGAUCCAGCGAACCCCGAGGAGCCAGUGAACGACUCGAUCGACGCGGAGUCGAUCGCAGCGGCGCAAUUCGACGAGAAUUCAGCGUCGAACCCGAUCCCCCCCAGCGAAGUUUGGCAAGAUGGACACGAGGAUCCCGCGGGAAGGACUCUGGACCACAACAGCUCCAGGUACAAGGUGCUGGACGCGUCCAGGGACUAUCCCGGCGAGCCUACUCGCGCGGAGAGCGCCUCCAGCGUCGGUCCCUGGGAAGAGGACCAGUUCCAGGUCCCCUGGAGGAGCGAGCUGGACGACGUCCCGGUGGACGACGAGGGUCUGUCGAACGUCGUGGCGCAGGGUGACGAGGAGGGGAUGGUGGAGUCGGUGCUGGAACCCCAUAACAGGGAGUACCUGGACGGCAUGGUGACCUGGAUAUCGGGGAUCGCUACGGAGGCCAGGCCGAUCGAGCAGAGGAACAUGGAGGACAUCAGGGCGAUCUCGUUCCCAGUGCCUCCGCCUGCUGAUCAGUUCGACAAGCAAGGGGAUCAAGAGCUCCGCAAGGAGGCGAGGAAGGAUCAUCCCAGACGGGUGAACAAUCACCUGCACGCUGGCUCCGGCAAGUCAACCAAGGGUUUCUACGAGAUCAAGCCGUCGGUCAGGACGGACGCCGAGAACGAUCACCUGUACGCGGCGGCUAGCACCGUUAGGACACUGCCCGGGAGGAAGUUCGUGUUGCCUACCGUGGACAGCGCCUUUGGCAAGUUCGGCCCGUAUUUCGAGGACGGCGAUCGCGAUACGAAUAUCACUGCCAGGAUCGGCAGCACCAUGCUGCUGGAUUGCAGGAUCGGAAUGCUUGGGGAUAAAGAGGUGGCCUGGCUGCAACAACACACCGAGGACUCGUUCCGGCUGCUCACCGUCGGCAAGACCACCUACAGCGUCGACCAGAGGAUCAGCCUGAACUUCCGGUACCCGAGCAAUUGGAGAUUACAGAUACAGUACGCGUCCCCGAGGGACUCCGGCCUGUACAAGUGCCAAAUCACGACGCAUCCGCCGAUGGUUAAGAAGAUUAACGUAGUCGUCACCGCGCCGGAGUUGACAAUAACCGACGAUUCCGGGCGGGUAGUGCCUAAAGAAAGGCACCUAAAGGCUGGAAGUGCUCUCAAGCUCAGGUGCGAGGCUAGGGACGUCCUUGAAUCUCUGAAGGAGACCGUUAUUUGGACCAGAGGGGAUGAAACGCUCACCGACGACGUUAGCGAGAACCGGACGACGGAGGUCUCGGUCGGCAAGGAGGUCCUCGUGAUCGUCAGCACCUUGAUCGUGGAGAGAGCCAGCCCGAGGCACGCCGGGAAUUACAGCUGCGUGGUGCCCGGCAAAGCCAACACCACCAUCGCGGUGCACGUGCUCAACGGGGAGCUGCCCGCGGCGGUGCACGACGGCAACGGCGUCUCCAGGGCGUUCCUCAACCUAUGGCUAAUUCACUUAACGAUGAGCUACGUGUUCUCCAGAUGACAAUACUAAGG